AUGGAUUUGUGUGGAUACGUAAAAGCUCAAAGUAGAGGUGGAAAGAAAUAUAUCCUGGUGAUUGUUGAUGACUACUCACGGUUCACUUGGACUAUGUUCCUCAAAUCCAAAUAUGAGACGGCUGAGCAUAAGGAUGAUGAUGAUCUUGAGGGACUGCUUCAUAUUCAGAGAGAUGAAGCAAAUAUCCACGCACUAAAGGAGGUAGAAAUCUCGAUGGUUCUGAUUCUGGUCAAUCCGAGAAGGAUGAUGCAGUUGACAAGACUGAUGAGAGAGCUUCUUCGUAACACUUUCGAUUCAUCUAACUGUCGAGUUGUUUACAUAACAAGGAAUCCAAAGGAUACAUUGGUAUCAAUGUGGCAUUUCACAAAUAAAUGGAAGGCUGUAGAUCAAGAUGGACCAUGGCAUAUCGAAGAAGCUAUAGAGAAAUUUUGUUCAGGAGUAUUUCCUGGUGGACCUUAUUAUGAUCAUGUUAUGGGAUUCAAAAAUUCAAGCUUGGAGAAACCUACGAAUAUAUUUUUGAUAACUUAUGAAGAGCUAAUAAAAGACACAAAAAUUCAUGUGAAGCGAUUGGCGGAGUUUCUAGGGUUUCCGUUAUGA